UUCCCUUUACCACGUUUUACUGGUCAACAAUAACAGCCUUAAUAGUAGCAUUAGUUUUAACUAUUGAGCUGUAUGAUGUUGAAUCCUAAUUAAAUUGUUUCUGAAUCCUACUGCAGAAUGCCAAGUGUAACUUGUGUCAUGCUAGGCAAAUUUCUCUUCAAAUAAAGUAGUUGAAAAUUAGAUUGAAAGUUUUUAUCUAUAGUUGCAACAUGGUUAUUGAAGCAGAACUUAUCAUGGAUGUCAUCUGUGAAGUGGCUCGUGAUCGAGGAUUAAUGAUAUGUGUCAAGAAUUCAGUAGCUGGUGGUGCCGCAGUGGGUGCUAGCGCUACAGCAGGCAGUCUUCUCCUAGGUCCUAUUGGAUUACUAAUAGGUGGCACGGCAGGUGCAGCUUUAGCUUCAUGGUGGAUGCAGGGCCAGUAUGUAAGUGCAGUCUCUGCAAUCCAAGCCAUGCCACAAGAUAAAAAGGAUGAACUAGUGAAGAAAGUUGGGAGUGUGUUACGGCAGCUGGACAUCACAGAUGUCGCCACCACCACCGCUAUGAUUCUGAGCAGCAGCGGCAACGUCCAGGAGCUUGUGGCGCGCGAGCUUAUCAACUUCCUCAGUCAAAACAUGAAGAUGAAUGUCAUCACCUGAUACUGUCGUCUACAAAUAAAAGCCUAGAUAUCUAAUCUCAGAAAUAUUUUCA